GAAUCUGGACUGCUUCUUCCGGAAAAGAAGAAGAACCUCCCAGGAAAUCUGUCAGAAAUGGAUUAUAUGAAACGAUAUGUGAAUUGUCAGACGAUAAAUACAUAUGUCCACUCUGAUGAUUAUUUACGAAGAUAGUUGACCAUGUGACCGUAUGUUAACCUAGAUCCGUUCCUCAACAUUCCUCUGGAUAUCUAGCCACUGACCUGAGAAAUCAUGAUCAAGACAGCUUUGAUACUUUUUUCUGUUAUGAUGAAAAGCGAAAAUACUUGUAAUGGUGAACAUGACUAAUGAGUACAAAAUUACCUUUUAUGUGUCCAUAUUUUGAUGUCAAUGGUGUACGCUUUCUUUGAAUGAGUUUUUAAAUCGGCGUCAUGGCAAAUGCUGACCCGGGCCGUUAUUACUCUGAUGAUGAAGAUGAGGACGCUGCCAUGAGCCAGGCCACUGCCCCAGUGGAGGAAAAUCAUGUACAACCCAGUCCCGGCUCCAGUAAACAAAAUGGAAAUGCAAUGAGCCAUGUUGAUCGUUAUGGUUUCAUUGGUGGCUCUCAAUACACGGAUCCUGAUGAUGAAAGGCGAUUGCCACCAGAAAUUUUAAGAAAACGAGAACUGAAAUGGUUAGAUAUGUUUGAAAAUUGGGAGAAAUGGAUGAGUAAGCGGUUUAAAAAGAUAAAAGAAAGAUGUCGUAAAGGCAUUCCCCCCUCACUACGCUCCAGAGCUUGGCAGUACCUGUGUGGUAGUAGGUUCCUCAUGGAGAAUAACAAAGGCAGGUUUGAGAAUUAUCUACAACAGUCGGGAGAUCCUAAGUGGAUGGAUGACAUCAAAAAAGACCUUCAUCGACAGUUUCCCCUACACGAGAUGUUCAAAAGUAAAGAUGGAUAUGGCCAAGAAGAUUUGUUUAAGAUCCUGAAGGCGUACACCAUCCACAACCCAAAAGAUGGAUACUGUCAGGCACAGGCACCCAUCGCGGCAGUUCUACUGAUGCACAUGCCUGCAGAACAGGCCUUCUGGUGUCUGGUGUCCAUCUGUGAGAAGUACCUACCUGGUUACUACAGUCAUGGACUGGAAGCUGUACAAGUAGAUGGGGAUGUGCUGUUUGGACUCGUGAAGAGGACAUCACCGACGAUAUAUAAACAUUUAAAGAAACAGGAUGUGUACCCAAUCCUUUAUAUGACAGAGUGGUUUAUGUGUGUGUUCACCCGAACACUUCCCUGGUCCAGUGUGCUUCGCGUGUGGGAUGUGUUCUUCUGUGAAGGUGUGAAGGUGUUGUUCCGUGUGGCUUUGGUCUUAAUUAGGAUCUCCCUCGGAGAACCUGGCACGCUAUCUAAGUGUCCUUCACUCUAUGAAACACUGGAGGCCCUCCGUCGGCUUCCACUUCACCUACACGAAGAGGAGGGGCUUAUACAGGAAACUCUGAGACUAAACAUUAAUGAGCGAGAUAUGGAGAAGGAGCAUCAGAAACAGGUCCAGAGACGAAGAGCUAAGGACAAGGCUAAGGACACAGGCCGCAGCAAGUCAAAAUCUAGAAAGACAUGAUAGUGGCUUGUCAGUCAUUCACAUCCUCAAACUUCACCACCAGGGGCAGUAUGAUAAAACUACAAUUUCUCCUUGGAUUUUGCCACGUGUGGCCAGUGUGAUGAAGUGACAAUUACCUGGAGGGACCUGUUUUAUAUACAUCAUGAGAAUACACAUCUCCUGAUAACAGUGUUGGCUUGGACAUGUUGUUACCCUUGUGUACUGUGUAGAGGUGUGGUAAGAUUCACCGCCGGUGUAUUAUAUGACGAGGUUUUGAUGCUAUCAUUCCUCUCAGGAAACAUUUACGCUGAGCUUAGGGAGAGCUCCCAUUCUCACAUUUGUUGUGAGCUUAAUGCUCAUUGAUCAAACCUUUUGUGUUUGGUUGACUAGCAUUUUUAUACAACAACUAUGCCAUUUAAAACUUUCAAUUGAGCUCAAAUGUGACCUUGACCUUUCAGGUCAGAUUUUAACCUUGAUUUUUUUUCUUCUGGUACAUUUACAUGUAAGAUUUGAGCUGCCGACCUGCUGUGAUUCAAUAUCGCUAAAUGUUUUCAUCAAGCUCAAAUUUUUGAUCCUCUAUUAUCUUUCCACAGAUUUUUGAUUGACCAUUCCACCUUCUGAGCUCCAAACUUAAAUAAUAUACAUAGGAUAACUAGCUCAGAACUCGGUGUUAGCAAGUGGAGGUAUUAAGGGUAAGAGCAAAUAAAGACAUUUUUAGAUCACCUGAGACAAAUCUCAAGUGACCUAUUCUAAUCGCCUGUUGUCCGUCGUCGUCCGUCCGUAAACAAUUUACAUUU